AGAGUAUGAAGUCGAGUGAGUUGUCGACUGAGGUAAAAUUCUUGGAUUCAAUUUAUUUUCGUCGGAUUGAAAGGUGUCGUUAACGAAUUAACGCUGAUCGAUCAGCUUUCGAAUAAUGCUGGUCAAUUAAACAGAGACAUUAUUGACACCUGACUAGGGACUUUGAUCUCGCUUUGUUAACGCAGGCAGGACGUGCAGCGGGCUCGAACGCUCGAACUGACUCGAACAGCUGAUGCUUCUGGAAUACCGGCGAAAUGUCAAAAUCAGCGCUAAUCACACUCCGGGUACAGUCACCCGAAGGUACCAAACGAAUUGAAGUGAAGCCCACUGAUACUGUACGAGAACUCUUUGAAAAGGUACAUGAUACGUUUGAGUUGAACAGUUUUGGAUUUGGUCUGUACAAAUUGAAAAAUCACAAAGAUGAGCUUAUAUCAUCUCGGAGCAAGACUGUCAUGGACACUGGACUGUCUCAUGGUGAUAUGGUGUACCUCGUGCCUCUCAAUGGCACUGUUUUAUGGCCACAAGAUGGACCCUCGACCAGUAGUGCCUCCGUUAAUAUUCCAUCAGCAGAAACAACCUCAAUGGAAAUGUCGCCAAGCACAAGUCGAGUAUCACAGGGAUCUUCGGCAAUGAAUUCUGUCCGUCCUCUCGCCAAUGUCACCGAAGAUGAAGUGGAUCAGAAAUUGUGGAAAAUGGAUGGAAAAAUACAACAAAAACGUGACGAAAAAUUAUGCCGGCAUGGUCCCAAUGGAUGUUGCGUGCAUUGUUCACCUUUAGAACCUUUCGACGAAGCGUAUCUCAAGGAACAAAAUAUCAAGCAUUUAUCAUUCCACUCAUAUCUCAGAAAGGGGACGGCUGGUGUCGACAGAGGAAAAUUUCUCCAGCUUGAAGACAUAAGCUGUCGCAUCAAGACAGGCUGCAAAGAUCAUCCCCCAUGGCCCCGUGGGAUUUGUAGUAAAUGUCAGCCUAAUGCUAUUACUCUGAAUCGACAGCAAUAUCGCCACGUCGAUAAUGUGAUGUUUGAAAAUGCAAGCCUGGUUGAACGUUUUUUGAAUUAUUGGCGAAGCACUGGGCACCAACGUGUAGGUUAUCUUUAUGGAAGAUAUGAAAUAAACACUGACGUCCCCCUUGGUAUUAGAGCUGUAGUCGCUGCAAUCUACGAACCUCCACAAGAAAGUACAAGAGACACAGUAUCUUUGCUACCAGAUCCAAGACAAGAAUUAGUUGAUGAAUUGGCCCGUAUUCUUGGACUACAAAGAGUCGGGUGGAUAUUCACAGAUCUAAUUGCGGAUGACGUACAGAAAGGCACAGUAAAGCACGUCAGAAAUAUAGAAAGUCACUUCUUAUCAGCACAAGAAUGCAUUAUGGCGGGCUACUUCCAAAAUCAGCAUCCUAAUGCUUGUCGUUUUUCUCCAAGUGGUUAUUUCGGUUCCAAGUUUGUCACAGUCUGCGUUACAGGCGAUGAUAAGAAUCAGGUGCAUAUGGAAGGAUAUGAGGUCUCCAAUCAGUGCAUGGCUUUGGUACGUGAUGGGUGUCUUGUCCCCACAAAGGAUGCGCCGGAGCUUGGCUAUGUCAUAGAGUCGACAGAUAAGCAGUAUGUUCCUGAUGUCUACUAUAAGGAGAAGGAUAGCUACGGCAAUGAAGUAUCCAGAUUAGCAAGACCUCUGCCGGUGGAGUAUCUGCUAGUUGAUGUGCCAGCCUCGACUCCUCUCACUCCACAGUUUACUUUUUACGUAAACGAAGAUAUUACUCCAUUCCCGGUUGAAAAUAGGCUGGUCGAUGGACAAGUUCAAGUGUUUAGUUCCCUCUGUACAUACAUGCAGCAGUUUACUCCCGAUCAAUUCUUGGAAGCAGUGUCCGAUUUUCAUCUUCUUCUAUUUAUCGCAACAAUGGAUAUGCUACCAAUGAAGGAUCACAUGGCACCUCUCUUGUCAGCAAUUCGAUCAGGGAAUCGUGAACAGGCCUUGGAAUGGGCGCGUUCAGAACACUGGGCAACUGUGGAACAGUUGAUAUCCGCAACAUCGACCAGCCCACAUACAUCUCGAGGCAUAGCUUUCAGUAAUAGUCCCGGAGCAUCUGUAUCCACGGUGGGAGUUGGAACCGGAGCUGGAAAUGGAGCAGCCGUAAAUCCAAUUCCCGAACAAUCACUCUGGACAUGUCGUCAUUGCACUUUUAUUAAUUCCGCUGAUCUCGCGACGUGUGAUAUGUGCAGCUUACCAAGGUUUUGAUGCACGCUGAUCCAUUGAAUAAGCUUAACCUUUUUUCUCUUAUUUUUAUUAACAUUAUUUCGCUCUAUUUAUGAAUAAACAAAAUGCUAAUCUUAACGGAACGUUUUUCAUCAUUUUUCAUUCAGUUCUCAUCAAGCAUUUUAGAAGGAAUGUUGAAUUGCCUAACCAAGCACAAUCGUCGUUGAGCUAUAAAUAGUUAUAACUCCACAUUGCAAUUGAAAAUUUUAAUUACCUAGUAUCAUGAUCGUUUGGCUUCUGUCUUUCGUGAAUAUGAGGCUGUCAGUCGUGCUCUUCACUACGCUUGCCGAAUUAUUUCGAGGACGUGUAAAUCGCGGUCUGUCGAACGUUGCCUCACUCUACGAGUUUAGAUUUUAAGGCUGAUUCAUCGCUUUGUUAAACUUGUAUACCCGAUGUGUUAUAACUUGUUUCUGCUUAGUCUAUCCACUUCCAGCAACUGCAAUAUUCAUCCUAACAAAAUAUCAACAAUUUUAAUGAUUGAGUAGAAGUCAUGUUAAGAAAAUGUCACGAGACUGUUUAUGACAGAAAAUGCUAUAUUUAAAAAGUACAUGAUAUUAAUUUUAGAAUGCUGAUGUAAGGAAUGCCGAUGAUAUCGAGUGAACGAAAGGGUAUUGCAAGAUAUAGUAUAAUUAAUCAAUUAUGUCUGUGUACUACGACAUUAAUAUUAAGGCUACCUCCGAUAUUUUAUGAAUUAAGAAUUUUUCAAAUAACAAGUGGUAACUGUGAUACAAAAAAAAAACAAUACAAACCUACAAAAGCAAACGAAAACAAAACUCAAGCAUAACAGUAUAUUUAGUAGUGUUCAAUAAAUAUUGGCUACUCAAGA